AUGAAGAGAGAAAGGGAAGAGGACAGUGAUGAUGAGGUAUUUGAAAGAAGAAGAAAAGUCCACAAACAAGAAAAGGAUGUAAAGGACGAGAUAGAGGAUCUUUUUGAGGAGAAUUCAUCGGAACAGACAAUAGAAGAAAAGCCUGCAGAAAUGGAGGGCUGGAAAAUGACAGGUGGAGCAGCAGCAGGCAUUCUUCUGGAGAUAUUUGGCAACGGAACUGACUAUUUGCACGUAAUGGACUACUAUGUGAAAAAAAACCAGCAGGAAGAAGAGCGGCACAAGGAGUAUUUGCAGCCCAAGGUGGAGGUAUACAGCAAGAUAGACAAAGAGGAAAUUAUAAGCAAAGUAACGGAGUCGCUAAUGGAGGCCAAUUCCUCAUUCCCGAAGCAAGAUAUUGAGAUGUUAGUGAGUAAUAUUGUAGAUGAUAAGAGUCUGGUUGAUGCGGUUGCAGAGUCAUUUCACUUCUUGAACAGCGAAAAAAACCACACGACUCUUAUGGAGGCGCGAAAGCUUGUUUCUUUGUACAGAGAGAAGGACAAGAUACUUGCCCAGCUGCCCAAGGUUAUUGACAAAAAAGUAAAAACGGUUAUUUCCUGUGCGCACACGCUUAAGACUCCAGAGGAGUACACGCGCCUGGUGCGGUAUGUAUAUAGGCUGCAGUCAGCAGAGUGCACGGACGAGGACAGGGAGUUGGCUGCCAAUGUUACGCAGAAAAUAACAAAUGUAUCAAUAUACUACACCGACUAUACUGCCGUGAACAGCGAUGACCAGCAGGUAAAAAAUGAUCUUGAGGAGAAAAAGAUGAACAGUGAAAAAGCAAGCGGGGAAGAAAAGACAAAGCUGACAAGUGAGAAGGGGCUUCUUCACAAUCCGUGGAUAUUCAGGGCUGCUGUGGAGAUAGGCAUGGUGAUUUCUUCCAUUGAGAUACAAGGAAUUGAAAAUAUAAACAUACCAGCCAGUAAAAUCACAAAAACCGACAUGUAUCUUCUGCAGCAGCUUAAGACCAGAGGGGUCAUUUAUAGAAUAGUUCUGAAUAAAGAAGAAACAGUGAAAAGAAUAGUGCAGCGGCUUGAAGGAAGUGCUCCAACAGAGGGGGAGUUGGAAGAAAGCCUUCUGUAUUUUAUUGAAAAGUCGGCUGAAGAUAUAUGCACUGGCAUAGAAAAAGAGCUUGCUGCACUUUCAGAAGAGCACGUAAAGAUAGAGCUCUUCAAUAGGGUUCUAAGUAUUCUGAGCAUAAAGCCUGGGAAAGAGAACGUGCUAGGAGUAUGGAUGGACAAAGGAAAAACCCGAUACACAAAGGUAGAUAGCAAAGGUGCAGUUGUAUCUAGCGGGAUAUCAAUGGGAAGGGAUGGGAUAAACCUGUCUGACCAUGCAGGGAUUGUGGCGAUUUCUGGGGAGGGGUACCGACUGAAGCAGUAUAUGAAGUCCAAAAGCAAAGUGUACAUAAGUGAAGAGAUGCUCCGCGUAAUAGGAGGGGCAAAGGACCUUUCUUCUGUGCUGUGCCAUGUUGUGAAAAAUCCCGUGAGUUCCCUGGAGAGUCUUCUUUCCAAUGAUGGGCAUGUGCCAAGUAUGGUUUUGAUGCAGCGGAUGCUUAAGCCAGAAGUGGUCACUGCUGUUUUAGAGUAUGCAAUUGCAUACAAAAAGGCAGAGUCUGAGAUAUUCCAGUCUUCCGAGUAUGGACAGCUGAAGAAGGAUGUGCUUGAGUUUAUGAAGAGUGGGGGAGACCCAGAAAAUGUUCUUAUUGACGAAUAUGCUACGUAUGACUCUAUAAGAAAGGCCAUAAAAGAAACAAAGGUAUCACACACUGGGUGGUCCAAGCCGGCUGCAGUGGCUGUUAUAGAAAACAAGCUGUUUAAGGAAGCAUACAUGCACUGUUUGCACCGGCUUGAGAAUUUCUUUGAGGUCUCUGGUGCCCCAGAGCUAAGCAGCAGCGAGGAGUUCCUUAUAUUUAACGGAAUACCAGAGGAUGAGCUUUUGGCAGUGCAGACAACGUGGUCACUUUCUUCAGGAAUUACAAUAAACAUGCAUGGAAAGGAGAUUGAAGGGGUGGUCACGGGAAUGCGGCAGGAGACGCACCUGCGGCUGGCCAAUAAGGUCUCUGCUGUGCUCAACCAAAAGGUGAGAGAGAAUGUAGUUGACGGGCAGAGGCUUACUGUUAGGAUUCUAGGUCUAGACAUGAUACACUACAGAGCAGUUGUGCAGGAGAAAAGAGAUAAUAAAACGUGCCUGCGCGCACAGUCGCACUGGCGGGUAAAGAAUUUGACUGCAAAAGAAGCAAGCCGUGUUUUAAAGCAAAGGCCGUUUGGCUCGUUUGUUCUUCGUCUUUCUUUAACACACCCAGAUUCACUCAUUCUUACUCUGCGAGUUACUGACAAUCCAGAGAAAUGUGUUCUGGUGCAUCUUCGAAUUAAAGAGCUUGCGGGUGGAUAUGAGCUGGGUGGGCGCAUUUUUGAUGAUAUAGACAGUAUUGUAGACACGUACGUUCCAAGCUAUUUAAAGUCUUUUAAACGAGUCAUGCUCCAUCGAAAGUUUACUACAGAGCCAGUAGAGGCAAUAAAAGCGCGGUUGAUGCAUGGUAAGUGUGAAGAUGCUCUAGAUAAAUACGCACUGUCGAUAUCAAAGGCCUCGCCAGGAUGCAUUUCUUUUGUGUACAUUCGUAAUAAGGAAGAGGCAACUGAGGUUCUCUUACAUGCAGUUGAAAAAGGCCUUUAUUUUGACAAAAAGAUAUAUCCCAAGCCAGAAGACUUUAUAGCGAUGUUUAAAAAGUCACUAGGUCACUAAAGAUAAAAUAAAUAAUAUUCAAACA